AUGGCGCGUUUCCGCGGUGGUAUUCUGGUGCAGGCCCUUCCCGCUGACAGAAGCGAUGAAGCCGAACUGUCUUUCCAGUUCACCAAGGAGGAGCAUGCACAGGGAUGGCGGGAGGCUAUGGUGCUGUACUGGCCGGCCAUCGGCUGGGGACUCUUCAUGAACCUGGCCACCGUUCUCAAGGGUAUUGACGGCGGAGUCGUGCGCAGCCUUGUCGGACUACCAAUUUUUAAAGAGAAGUACGGCUACGAGCGCAACGGCGAGUACCUCAUCGCAGCUCAAUGGCUAUCAGCCUUCAACUACGCCAACCUGUUGGGGGCCAUCGUUGGUGCACUACUGUCAGGCGUGGCCUACGAACGGUUUGGUCCGCGCGUCAUGAUCGCCGUCUGUUGUGUCUGCUCCAUCGCAUUCAUCUUUAUCCAGUUCUUCAGUCGCACCCCGGCGCAGCUGUUUGUCGGUGAGCUCGUAAACGGCUGCAUCAUCGCCUUCUACCCCAUCUGCGCCUCCGCCUAUGUCGCCGAGGUCACGCCGCUCGCUCUCCGCGGCUUCGCCGCCACUAUGACAAACUUAGGCUUUUCAAUUGGGUCGCUUGUCGCGUCGGGCAUCCUCAAGGGCACCGAGUCCAUGGCCUCAUACUGGUCCUACAAGAUCCCCAUCGCGACGCAAUGGGUUCUCCCCGCCGUCGUGCUCGCCCUGGUAGGGUUCUGCCCCGACCCGCCCUACUGGCUUUGCCGUCGCACUCCCGACGACACCGCCGCAGCUAUCUCCUCCCUGCGCCGUCUCGCGGCGUCCAACGUUGACGUGACGAAGAAGCUGGCCCACAUCCGCGAGACACUCCGCCUUGAGGAAAGUCUAAGCCAGAGCAACCACCGCCCCAGCUACCUCGACUGUCUCCGAGGCGCCGACCUCCGCCGCCUUGUCAUCUGCGUGAUGGCAUACGACAUGCAGGCAUGGACCGGCAACGUAUUCUUCAUCAGCUACGCCGUCCACUUCAUGGAGCUCGCAGGACUGGACUCCUCGGACGCCUUUUCCAUGAAUCUUGGCCUAACAGCCUUAGGUCUAGCAGGGACAUGCAUCUCGUGGACGUUACUCCCGCGGGUCGGUCGACGCACAAUGUACCUCAUCGGAUGCUCCGCGCUCGCCGUCUUGCAGUUCGCCAUCGGCGCAGUGGACGUAUCUUCGCGGAGCGGUAGCGGCACCUGGGCGCAGUGCGGACUGAUGGUCGCGUGUACAUUCGUCUACGACCUCAGCCUCGGGCCAUUCUGCUACGUGCUUCUCGCGGAGGUGUCGUCCGUGCGACUGCGCGGGUUGACAAUCGCCCUGGCGACGGUGACGUGCUUCGUGUGGUCGAUUGUGUUCACGGUCGUCAUUCCGUAUGCGAUGAACGCGGACCAGGGCAACUGGCGCGGGAAGAUCGGGUUUCUGUUCUCGGGACUGAGUUUUCUGUGUGCCGUGUACUGCUACUGGUGUUUGCCUGAGACGAGAGGGCGUACGUUCGGGGAGCUGGAUGUUCUGUUUGAGCGGAAGGUGCCGAGUCGGAAGUUCGAGGAUUAUAAGGUGGGUAUUGAUGUUGGGGGGAGGCGGUUGGAAGAGUGA